AUGAGCGGAGCCAUGCAUUCCGCUCAGAACGAGCAGGUGGCCCCUGCUCAAAUUGUGGAAAAGCCGUUGGGCGAGCACCACGAGUCGACCGUCGAGCAUGUCAAGGAAGUCAACGACGCCAUUGCCAGGACCGAUUCUCACCUGGACGACACGCAUGUCGCGCUCGGCUGGCGAUCAUGGCUCGUGGUGCUCGUCACCAUGUUUGGCAACUUGACCUUGGUGUUUGUGGUGGUUGCCGCUGGCUCGGUCAUUGCCUUCAUCAUUCGAGACUUGGGUCAUCCCGGACUGGCCGGCUGGAUCAUUCAAGGCCCGCUCCUGGUGCAGAGCGUCCUGUGUCCCAUCAUAGGGAGGCUGUCCGAUGUGGUAGACCGCAAAUACCUGGCCUGCAUUCAGCUUUCGGUUGCCUUUGCUGGAUCCGUCGUGUCUGCCACAGCAAACUCCAUGAACACCUUGAUAGGAGGAGGGAUUCUCAUCGGGGUGGGCCUGUCGUCCCUGGGCAUUAUUGUCGCCAUCCCAGCCGAAGUCCUGCCCCUGAAGUACCGCGCCAUAGCCAACGGGGCCAACUUCCUUGGUGGUGCUUUUGGAGGCCUCAUUGGGCAACUCGGUGCCGGCGCCGUGACCAACGCCGAUCAGGGCGGCUGGCGAAACAUCUUCUGGAUGCAAGCGGCUUUCCACGGCGCCACGGUGCUCCUGAUGCUGGCCUUCUACUUCCCGCCUCGCCGAUCUGACUAUCCAAAGAUGACUUUCAUGGAGGUCCUGUGGUCGCUCGAUCCCGUCGGUGCGGUCCUCUUUGUCGGCGGCGCCACCCUGACCAUCCUGGCUUUGGAUUGGACUGGUGGCACGUAUUCGUGGCAUGACACCCAUGUCAUCGCUCCGCUUGUCGUUGGCGUGGUACUGCUGAUAUUAUUCGGAAUAUAUGAAUGGAAAGGAAGAACUGAUGGCAUUAUUGCUCAUGUCAUGUUCAAGGACGGCUACAAUUUCCCUCUGGCGGUCUUUGCCUUUGCAGUUGAAGGCUGGAUCUUCUACAGCGCCGUCAACAGUGUGACUCCUCAAGUCAUACUCAAUCUCGGAUGGGAGACGACGUCCUGGCAAAUCGCCAUCCGCACGUUGGCGUACCAGCUCCCAGCCUUGUUCUUCUCAAUCCCCAUGGUCCUCUACUCGACCAAGUACAAAGACCUCAAGAAUCCCCUCAUUUUUACAUACACUGUCUUCCUGAUCGUCUGCAUCUUCUAUGCGACAAUCAAGCCCACGGAGAACCACGCGCAAUACGCCUUCGCCGUGCUCGCGGGCAUCGGGCAGUCGGGCCCCCUGACAUUGAUCCUGGCAUUGGUGCAGUUCGCCGCGCCGCAUGCCUUCAUCGCCACGGCGUCGGGCUUUGCCCUGUCGGCCCGCGCCAUCGGCGGCGCUUUCGGGUCGGCGGUCCUCGACGCCAUCAUCAACGGCAAGAUCGACUCCACCCUUGCUCGGGACGUCACCAAGGCGGCCACGGGCGCGGGCUUGCCGGCAAGCUCGGUGCCAAACCUGCUGGAGGCCAUCGGGGCCGGGACCGGUUUCGAUGCCGUGCGCGGCCUCAACGCCACCAUCUUGGACCAGGCGCUGGACGCGCGCGACUGGGCCUACGCCAGGGCCUACCGGCUGGCGUGGGCAAGCAUUAUCCCGUUCGUGGUCCUGGCCAUUGUCGCGGUCAUCUUCAUCAAGCACGUCAAGGAGCUCAUGACCGAGCACGUCGAGGCCAGCGUCGAGAGGAACGCCGGCCGACCCAGGACAGAUGAGGAGAUGAAAUGA